UUUAAUACUUUAAAUACUGCUCAAAUCUCAUCUAAGGCAUCUCACUUACUUAUUGCAGUACCUCUCUCUAUAGUAGAAGAACCCUCUAUGCUAACUAAACAAGAUUAUUAACAAUUACUAUGAAAUCAAGUUGGAUUGUUAAUUAAGAAAUGUUCUACUUGCUAAAUCAUUGGUUUCUACCAUUAGAAUCAAUUUAAAACUUUAGCAUGCUAUGAUGUCGGCAUGGAUAGGGCCAUUUCAUCCACAACUCUUUAAGUGUAAUAUUUCUAUUAUAUAUGUCUUGUCCAUCAUGCAGCAUGCUAUGAAGCCUGUAUACGGUAGUUCAUUGAGAUAUUUUUUACUUGUAAUAGAAGACAACAGCUUCCCUGUCGGUGGCCAUGGAUGUUUCCAGAAUGCUUUGCAUUGGUUUCUUUCUCUUGCAGGUGUUCUUGUUACCUCUCUCCAUCUCAUCCGAGCUGCUAACUCUGGAACAAAGCUUGGGUAAUCUGUCCGCAUUUCCUCCCAACUUUCUCUUCGGAACGGCCUCUUCUGCUUACCAGCAUGAGGGUGGUUUUAUGAGUGAUGGUAAAGGUCUGAACAAUUGGGAUGUCUAUUCCCACAAACCAGGAAACAUGAUUGCUGAUGGAAGCAAUGGAGACAUAGCAGUGGAUCAUUACCAUCGGUAUUUGGAAGACAUUGAUCUGAUGCAUUCACUUGGAGUCAACAGCUAUCGGUUCUCCAUUUCUUGGGCGAGAAUUUUACCUAAAGGGAGAUUCGGGAAAAUCAAUGAAGCGGGAAUCAACUUCUACAACAAACUGAUUGAUGCCCUCCUACUUAAAGGGAUUAAGCCGCUUGUAACAUUGACGCACGUUGAUUUUCCUCAAGAACUUGAGGACAGAUAUGGAAGUUGGCUGAGCCCCGAAUGGCAGGAGGAUUUUGCAUAUUUUGCAGACAUCUGCUUUAAGUCCUUCGGAGACCGGGUGAAGUAUUGGGUCACCUUCAACGAGCCUGAUUUCCAAGUCAAGUUUGCGUACCGUACAGGAAUAUUCCCACCGUCUCGUUGCUCCUGGCCCUUUGGGAAUUGUACCUAUGGUGAUUCAGAGAAGGAGCCCUUUAUAGCAGCGCACAAUAUUAUCCUAGCACAUAUAGCAGCUGUUCAUAUUUACAGAACCAAAUACCAGGAAACGCAAGGAGGUAGCAUUGGAAUUGUCUUGCAUUGCUUUUGGUUUGAAUCCAUCAGCAACUCUCUAGCUGACAAGCUAGCAGCUGAAAGAGCUCAAUCCUUCACUAUGAAGUGGUUCCUAGACCCAAUCAUAUUCGGAAGAUAUCCUCCAGAAAUGCAAAACAUUCUAGGAUCUAUUUUACCUGAAUUUUCGACAACUGAGAAGGAGAAGCUGAACAAAGGAUUGGAUUUUAUUGGAGUUAACCACUACUCGAGUUACUAUGUCAAGGACUGCAUGUUCUCUGUGUGUGAACCAGGAACAGGAACUUCAAAGACGGAAGGAUUUUGGGGGCAAAGUUCACAGAAAAAUGGCAUUCCUAUAGGGGAACUUACUGAUCUGGAUUGGCUGAACGUUUACCCUCAAGGAAUGGAGAAGAUUGUAACCUAUCUUAAAGAGACAUACCAUAACAUACCCAUGAUCAUUACAGAAAAUGGAUAUGGAGAGGUGAGCAAAGCAAAUUCCACCACUGAAGAAUUUUUACAUGAUGUCAAACGAGUUGAGUACUUGGCUGGAUACUUGGAUCAACUUUCAACAGCAAUCAGCUUCUUAGCAUUUCCGUAGGAGAACUGAUCUGGUCCAUGGGACAGCCUUACUAUGCUGAAAAGCUGGAUAUGUGAGCAAUUAUUAAGUUGCUAUCGUAUUGACGAUAAUAGAUUGAUGUUGUUCUCUUGAAUGCUAUCAGGAAGGGAGCAGAUGUGAGGGGUUACUUUGUCUGGUCUUUGCUGGACAACUUUGAAUGGAAUUUUGGAUAUACGGUACGGUUUGGACUUCACCAUGUUGA